CUUUUUUCCUUUCUCCAUCUUCCAGCUCCUAGGCAGAUCCAUAGACCUUAAUCGCCUGAUUACUCAGCGUGUCUCAGCAGCCAUGUAUAAGUCUCUGGAACUGGCUAUUGGACGAUUUGAAAGUGAAGACCUGACAUCAAUAGUUGAGUUGGAUGGUCUUUUGGAAAUCAACCGCAUGACCCACAAGCUGCUAAGCAGGUACCUGACACUGGACAGCUUUGAUGCCAUGUUCCGGGAGGCCAACCACAAUGUGUCAGCGCCCUACGGGAGAAUCACCCUCCACGUCUUCUGGGAACUCAACUAUGACUUCCUGCCCAACUACUGCUACAAUGGCUCCACCAACCGGUGAGCAUGCCACCUCAUAGAUAGUUCUGGCCCUUACCAAAGGGUUCCUAAACGGGAUGAUCUCAGGGCCUCCACAUUGUCCAGUAGGUUGCUGUCCCCUCCCCUGUUCCCUGUCAUUUCUCGUAUUCAGGCCCUCCCAGUCUCCUCUGGCAUGUCCCCACACCAGCCCCUGGGCAUGUCUUAUAGCUUUGCAUGUGGAGACUGCACAGCAGGCUGGGGUCCCUGUCUGGGGCACUUGGCUUGUAGCUCAGGGCUUGAUUUCAUGGUGCAUGUGGACAGCAACUACGGGGUCUGUACCACCCACACAGCUGUAAGUCUGCCUGAUGUUGGGAUGUAGUCAGUGACUCUACUUUUCAUCUAUCCUGGGAUGUUGGGGUGUGUAAAUGUCCAUCAGUUAGCCACCCUCUCACCCACCUACGCUUUGCUACUAUGUUGAACAGCACAGAGUGGCCAGUUAGGUGAGUGGCAUGGUUGACAGCAGCAGUUUCAUGUGCUUCAGCCUCAUGAUAGGGCCCAAAUCCUGGGACAGCCCUGCCUUGGACUCUGUGUGCUGGGCAGCCGCCUGUCUUAGGUUUGUUCUAUGUGCCCUUAGCUAAGCUCCUGCUCCCUGUGAGCACGUGCCAGGGACAUGUGUGUGAAUGUGUGUGUGUGCUUGUGUGUGUUAUGACCACUUUUUAAAAAUCAUUGUCUUUGGCUUUGCUGCUGGAUCUGAGCAUCCCAUCAUGUAUUGGCUGAAUUGUUACUGACUUUCAGGCCCAGAGUUUUGUGUUUCACGGGGUUGCUGAGCUCUGAACUGAGGACAGAGGGAGGCACUCCUGUAGUCUCAUCAGGCCUGCUAUUGCCAUUAUCUGUCCAGGACCCCAAGGUUAGAUUUCCUUGUGGGGAGGCAGGCCUAUUCCCAGAUGCAUGGGGCUUUGCCAUCAUACUGGCCCCAGGUGGCUGAUGCCCGUCCCCAGCAAUGGUGGAGACGUGGCCAUGGCUUCCAGAGCCAACCUCCUCCGGUGAAGGGGCUUCUGGGCCUGGCUGGGCACAGUCCACCAGAACCAGACUUUACAGAGUA